AUGCGUCGCAACAUCAUCGACCGUCGCAACAUCCUUGUCCUCUCCCUCUUCAGUGGGGGUGAAGUUCUCAACCUAAUGAACAUCUACUCUGAUGAUCAGCACACAGCCAUUGAGCACCUUGCUGCUUGUGUGCAUUCUCUACCACCUUUCAUUUAUAUGGCUGGUGAUUUCAAUUGCGUUUUGAUGACUUGGGAUGACUAUGAGCAUGGCGAGUCAUCAACAGCAAUAUCCCUGCGGGACACUGCAUCUCAGAUCGGCCUCGAGUGGGCACGACCUUCUAACCACAGACCGACUAGGAUCAGUCCCAAUCCAUAUCAGAGAUCCAAUCUGUUGGAUCUUGUAUUCUUAGCUCCAUCUGAGAUCUUGAUCUCGAUGCCCAGAUUGGAGCACAAUUUCCAGGGUCCAUCAGAUCAUGUCCCGAUCUGCACAGAUCUUGAUAUCGGUCCUGAACUGCCUGGAUCUGGGCGACGGACAAUUAAACCCAGAAGCGAGGCUGAAAAGUCUUUCAUUUCAGAUAUUCUCCGGGACCUUGCAGCUAUUCCUGUCACAGCCCCGGCAACCAAGGAAGGCGUUGAAGCUUUAGCCGAUGCUAUUGCAACGGCGUUAUCAGACGCAUGGCUUGCCCAUUCGACCAAGUCCAAACCUACCAAGCGCUCCAAGUCCUGGUGGACGGACGAGUGCUUGGAGACAUUCGGAGUAUAUCAGCUGAGCCGCUCGCUCGCUGAUUACAACAAAUUCAAGAAGGUGUGUAAGGACGCCAAGCGUGACUUCUUCAAUGAACGCAUCACAGAGAUCGCUACUUCCCACAAGCGCCCGUGGGACCUAAUGGAAUGGGUCAAGCAGUGCAAGCUACCACCCUGUGAGGCUAUUCGCAAUGGCGACCAGUCUUGUCAUGAUAUGGACGACCUUUGGGAUGCCCUACACAGCACGUACAACUCGGCCUCAGGUCGUGAUGGGCUGACAUUUCAGCAUGAGUUGUUGAGCGCCCUUAAGGGGUGCUCUAACUCCUCUGCACCAGGACCAGACCAUGUUACAUGGGUCCACCUAAAGGAGUUGCUCAAGGAUAAACAUGUCCUUGCACUCUUCAUUGUGCUGGCCAAUGCUUGCCUUCGGGUGGGACAUUGGCUGCAUAUAUUCAAGGAGUCGCUGUUGGUUAUUGUUCCGAAGCCAAACAAGCCCUCCUAUGCAGUCCCAAAGGCCUUCAGGCCUAUAGUACUCCUCAUCACUUUCAGUAAACUUAUUGAAAAGAUGAUAGCCAAUAGGAUACAGUUUGACGCUGUCAAACAUGAUAUCUUUCAUCCAAACCAACUUGGCAGUAUCCGCCAGAGGUCCACUGAGGACGCUGGAUUGAUUCUGACUCAUCUCGUGCGAGUGGGGUGGGUUAAGGGUCUCCAGAGUAGCACGCUGGCUUUUGACAUCACACAGUUCUUCCCUUCUAUCAACCAUGAGAUGUUCAUGGCUGUCCUGCACAAGCAAGGGUUUUCGCCAAUAUUGGUGGAUUUCUUUGCUUCUUACCUUGUUGGGCACUCCACAGUCUACUGUUGGAACACCUUCCAAUCUGACUUGCGGUCUGCAGACGUGGGUGUCAGGCAGGGCUCUGCUCUCUCACCUGUUAUCUCAGGACUCUUCAUUGCUCUGGUGAUGAAGCUCUUCUACAUUAAGGCAGCGCUGCUCAACAUGAUGCUACUCUCCUUUGUGGAUGAUGGGACCAUUUUGGCCCAAUCCAAACAACUCGAUAAUAAUAAUGUAGGCCUGUGUAAGGCCUACAAAAUUAUCUACCUUCUCUUUGUUGCAUUCGCACUGGUUCUUGAACACGACAAGACCGAGUUGUUUCACUUUUCGUGUCGACGAGACGCCUAUAAUCCCUCGCUGGAUUUGGGGUAUGCCCCACAUACCGGCACUACACCUUUGAAGCCCAAGACCUAUUGGAGGUAG